AUGACUGUCAUCAACAACACCAAGGACUUCGACUUCAUUGUCAUUGGCGGAGGCACCGCUGGCUGUGUUGUCGCCGGCCGACUGGCUGAAAACCCAAAUGUCAACAUUCUCGUCAUCGAGGCUGGUGUCAGCAAUCCCAAGGACAACGCAGCUAUCAUGACUCCUGCGCGCGCAUUCGAGCUCCGCGGCAGCAAGUGGGACUGGGGCUACAAGACUACAAUGAUCGACCGCCCCGAGUACACGCGCAUCGAAAAGCCCAACACUCGCGGUAAGGUACUUGGCGGCAGCAGUUGUCUCAACUAUUACACUUGGAUCCGCGGCAGCGCAGCUACCUUCGAUGACUGGGCACCCUAUGGCGGCGACGAGUGGACCUGGGCCGGCUGCAAGGAGUAUUUCGACAAGCCUGCUACCUUCCACGACGACCAGAAGCUGUUCCCCAAGCACUUGCAGCAUAUCGGUACUUCCGGCCCCAUUCAUGUCUCCCCCGCUGAACUCGUUUCCGAGGCUGCACCCUUCCGUGAGGCGUUGAAGAAGGCCUGGGUCAGCAAGGGUGAAAUCCUCAAUGACGAAAUCUACGACGGCGAGAUGCAUGGACUGGCUACUGCUGUCAGCUCCAUUUACAAGGGAAGUCGCUCUUCCAGCUGGCGCUACCUUGAGGGUAAGAAGAAUGUCACUGUUCUCGGAGAGACCAACUCUAAGCGUUUGGUGUUCGAGAAUGGCAAGGCCGUUGGCAUUGAGGUUAUUGGACCCAACGGCGAGGACCUGACUUUCCGUGCCAAGUACGAGGUCAUCGUCUCUUCUGGCGUCUACGAGUCGCCCAAACUUCUCAUGUUGUCCGGCAUUGGCCCGAAGAAGCACCUCGAGUCUUUCGGCAUCGAUACUAUCGUUGACUCCCCCCACGUCGGUCAGAACCUUCUCGACCACCCCAUCAUGCCUCACGUCUUCAAGCUGAAGGACGGCUACGGUCUUGAUAAGCACCUUCUUCGCGCCGGCCCUGAGAAAGACGGAGCUGCCUCUGCCUACCGCUGGAAGAACAAGGGCCCCCUCAGCAGUGGCCUUCUCGAGCUGAUUGGCCUGCCCCGAAUCGAUGACCGCCUCAAGAACUGCGAGGAGUACAACGAGUACCUCGAGAAGAAUGGUGGUGUCGACCCCUUCGGCCCCGGUGGCCAGCCUCACUUUGAGAUUGACUUUGUCCCUAUGUUCUGCGACGCAUUCCAGUGGCACAUCCCCACGCCUCCUCAAGGUGACUACUUCACAGUCAUUGUCGACCUGCUCCGCCCUCUCUCACAGAACGGCACUGUCAAGCUCAACUCGACCAACCCGCUUGAGCAGGCUAACAUCAACAUCAACUUCUUCUCCAACGAUCUCGAUCUCAUUGCCAUGCGCGAGGGUGUCCGCUUCGUCGAUGACAUCAUCAUGAAUGGCGAGGGUAUGAAGGACAUCAUCGAGAGUGAUUACCCCUGGCCCAUGCCUCGUUCUUCCGACGAGGCGAUGAUCAAGAUGAUUCUAGAGCGCUCCCAGACUGGUUUCCACCCUUGCGGUACGACUCGUAUGUCUAAGAACAUCGACCAGGGUGUCGUCGACAGCAAGCUGCAGGUUCACGGGGUCAAGGGCUUGCGUGUGAUUGACGCAUCUGUUAUUCCGGUCAUCCCUGACUGCCGCAUCCAGAACGCAGUCUACAUGAUUGGAGAGAAGGCUUCGGACAUGAUCAAGGCUGCUUACCCCGAGCUGUACCAGUAA